GUGGAAGGUGAUGAAAGCACCAUUGCGCCAACCUGACUCCACUUGACACUGAGGAGCGUCAGAUAAUAGACUUGUCAGUGCGAGACAUCAGCUGCACCAUAUUCCCCUACCUCCUCAGGCAUGGGCGUCUUCAGGGAUUUUGGGUGGAACACCUCACGUUCCCCUUUCCCUUCACGACGCCCCCGUCAAGUGGCCUUAAUUUGGUUCCACAGUUCCUUAACUUUCGCAUUCGUGUACGUACGUCACUGUGACCUGUACACCGGUAUGUGCACAAUGGCUGUUUUGUGUGGGUUUUUGUACAUACAAAAAUCGCGGAUUUACAAAAGGUUCCCCGCACAUUUUGGAGUUGUCCCCAACUUUCAACUUGUCCCAUAGUCAUUGUAAUGAAACACACCCAGUCACUAUUGUAGUCGCCGAGACCCUUAUUGGCAUUGCUCGCUGAUCAGCGACGAAAGAAGGCUGUUUCAUUACGUGUAUUUCUUUCCCCUAGUCCCCGUUGUUCAGAUUAUGUUUCUCUAGAGCCACGAACUCCCCUGUGCCGCCAGUCAGUGAAGAGGAGAAGGCGGGGCUACAUGUCGUCACCGGGAGUGGCCCCAGAUGGAGGAUGGGGCUGGUUCGUCCUCCUCGCCGCUCACUCCACCUUGAUUUUUCGGGAGGGUAUUGCCAAGUGCCUGGGUGUGUUCCUCCCCACGUUUCGGGACGUCUUCGGAACAAGCACUUCCCUGAUUGGUAUGAUCAGCUCCCUUUGCGUGACUUUCGCCGAUUUUACAGGUCUCAUAAGCGGACCUCUUUGUCAGCGGUUUGGUUGCCGCCCUGUUGCCGUGGUAGGCGGUAUCUUCGCUAGCUCUGGUCUGAUCAUUGCUGCUUUCUUUGCGCAGACAACCCUUCAAUUGUCGUGGCUUCUUGCUGUUGCCGGUAUUGGGUUGGGGCUGGCCCUGACUCCAAGCUUAGUUAUGAUCAGUCGCUACUUCGACAAACGGUACAGCAUGGCGAAUGGCCUGGCCUACUCGGGCUCCGGCGUGGGGAUUCUAACAUUGGCACCUCUCUCCCAAGUGCUGAUCGACACGUACGGUUGGCGAGGGGCGCUGUCCAUUAUAGGUGCUAUGUGCUUGCACGUGACUGCAUGUGGAGCGUUGCUGAGACCGCUUCGUGGAUACGAUCAUGGGAAAAAGGACGAAGAAAAGCACGCCAUCGGUCGUCGAUACCAGCGGAUUCCGUCGAACUGUGACGAAAAUGGUAUCGAUUCCUGCGCGGAUACAGAGGAAGACACCAUCACACCGGGUGCAAUGGGACUAUCUGAACCGGAGAAGGAGUGCAAGCGAUCCUGUUGUAGAUCCUGCUGCAGCAGUUGCUGGGAGUCGAGUGAGGGCAUCCUGGGGCUUUCACUAUUCACAGAGCCACCGUUUGUGCUGCUGAUGGUCGUCCAGUUCUGUGGGCGCUUCACGUACAUGGGCUGGCUCAUUUAUCUCAUUCCACACGCCAUCGAGAAGGGCAUCAGCCCCAUUGACGCCACUUUUCUAGCCUCGGUUGCCGGAGUGACUAACAUCAUUGCUCGGGCUAGUCAUGGCGUCUUGGUAGACAGGAAGUGCCUGACAGCCACCCAGCUGCUGGCUGUAGCGGCCAUAUUGGCCGCUGUCUCCCUGCUACUAGAUCCUGUCCUCAACACCUUCAACACCCUGACAGCCGCCUCGUUGGCUUAUGGCCUAGCCAGUGGCAUCUACUUCCCUAUAUCAGUUGUCGUCGUGAAGGAGGCUGUGAACCCCGCCAAAUUCGCCAACGCGCUGGGAUGGUCGUACGGCUUUGCCGGCGUUGGGCGAAUGCUUGCUGGUUUUGUCACAGGUUGGCUGUUCGACUAUUUCGGCAACUAUGAUAUCUCCUUUAUUGUGCUGGGGAGCAUCCAACUAUCUGCCGUUUUUCUGCUACUCGUCAGCUGCUUAAUUGAAUACUGCCGUAAAUCUCGCAAGAUUGGCCUAUAGCUCUCCGCUUGGACACAGGACACAUACUGUCAGGUCAUUAACGAAGACAGUCACUGUUCAGUUCCUUGGCAAACUAGGUCCAUUGGUCAGGUUUUAUUUUGCCCCAACAACUAACCGAAUAUCUACGUUAACCAACCCAACGUAUUGAACACCAAACCUUGGUCGUUUAACCUAAAAGAAAAUACACCAUACGAGUUGAAGAUCUAAUUUAAACUUAACCCACAAAACAAACAAUGACGAUGGCUUGAAAGUGCGGUGAGAAGUGACAUGAAGUGCCCUUAGAGUAAGUCCAUUUUCUGGAAUAUUCAAGUGAUGCGGGAUAUUUUUCUUUUAUAUUUAAGCGUUGUAUAAAACGGCAUGAAUGUUUCUUACCUGCACGAUGGAGGGAUUCAGUGAUUGAAACAUUCAGGCUGAAACCUAGUGGCAUUACUCUUAUCACAACACUCUCAAGUAUUUGUUAUUUCUAGGAUCCCUGAGCUGAACCAAUAGAGGGUGCAAUUUUCCUAGCAACAGAGGCUCCCGUGAUCGUCACUGCACCGUCUCUGGUUCGCAAAUAAGUAUGAAAUGCAGGCACUAUGUUUUCAUCCCGACCAGCAAAACGAAUGUUCCCCACCAACAUGGCUCUUUUCCAUCGACGAGGGGGUGCUUCAAGGCAGAUACAACAAUGGCACAUCUAUAGUUAUCACGAUGGCUCCCUUAACUAAUAAUACUCAUAUUAGCCUACUUGUAGUAAUUGUAACCCAAGAGUGCAUUUCGAAGGAACAGAGUGGCAGAACCAGCCCCCAACAGAACAUUGUUGUAAGUGGUUUAGAGUAAAUGCACUUGCUCAUUUUCACGAAUCCCGUGUCUUUUAGCAAAGGCGCCUAAUGGUUGGUUACCACCCACUCAAAAACUGUUAGCAAAUUAAGGAAAUUGAAUACGUCUUAGAGAGAAUCACAUUUAAAGAUGAUAAAAAUGCUGCAAAGUCUCACCUUUCAACGUGAUAAACGUGCUAAUUAAAACACAUUGUUGGUUCACUUUUUACAUUCGGUGCCAAUUUUAAAGACGAUUUCUGAGGACUUUCCAUUCCUUUAUAACGUGUGUACACUGUUAUCACUUAUUGCACAUACAUGUAUGUUAUUAAUGUAGAAUGAGGAAAGCUUGUAGUAUACAGAUAUUUGCGGCCAGCUUCUUCUUUUAAAUCCACCACCAAAGGGCACCCAAAUACACGUAUUCGAGUAUGCGUACGUUUAUGUCCGAGUUGUCUACGUUUGAUUUGCCUUUUACAUUCUUUCUUUCGUGAUCGUUUAUUGUAACCAUGUUCACAAUGGCCACCAUUUGGGAAACAAAAUGGCGUCAUGCCCGACCACACGUCGCAAAUGAAAGCAUGCGUUCGAGAAAAAAACCCAUGGGGUCGGCACAGGUUAACCCGAAGUCGCUCGAUUAGAUUUGACGUCAUACCUGGGGCACACACAGGGAGGUCACUGGGUGUAUCCGGGGUACAGUUGUUCCAUUCGAUUGGAAUAACACCUCGUUAGUAAUUAGAACUAAUGCACAAACCUACAAGGAAACUCGCGCUGAGGCUUAUCAAACAGCUUUGGGAAAGUGAUCCUAACUCCAGAAACGAAUCUCAUUCUGGAUGUCAUUGAUACUGUCAUGUUACACAUUAUGCCUCGGCCAUAGGUUGAGACUUAAAGGGAUUGCCGUCCAACCCUAAUAAGCCGGUUAAUUUGUAGAGAAUGUGUCCACUAUGAUGGCCUGUAACUUUUUUUUCCUGUGUAGAGUAUCCAUGUAUCCACACCGUUUACAAUGAAAAAGGUUACUUGGUGGAAAUUGAAAACAGUUAUAUCAUGUGAAAUGUAAACGUGUGUAUAGUGUUACUUAUGGCACACGUGAUGCACAAUUUGAUAUUAUAAACACUUAAAACAACAAUUGAGACAGAUACGUACAUGGUGCGUUCGAUUGGCUUACACGGGGCAAUUCUGACCUAGGGAUCACCGUAAGUGCUGUGUCACUCAAGGUAGACGGUUGGGACGAGGUAAAAACCGAGUCAACUCAUGGAAGCUAAUCGAACACAUCCUUAA